AUGUCACUCCGUACUCCCAGCGUCCUUGCUGCUUUCAAUCCCGACAAGGCAGCUUUCCCCACAAUCGAGACGGUAGGGAAGCUCCUGGCCAGCGAUAAGAUCAAGAAGGUGGUUGUCUUGGCCGGUGCCGGCGUCUCGACGGCUUCUGGAAUUCCAGACUUCCGCUCACCCGAUACGGGCCUGUACGCCAAUCUGGCCAAGUACAAGCUCCCAUACCCAGAAGCCAUCUUCGAAAUCGGCUACUUCCAGUCCACCCCUCAGCCCUUCUUUACUCUCUCCAAAGAGCUCUACCCUGGCAACUUCCACCCAACCCUCACCCACUACUUCCUCCGCCUCUUGAACGAGAAGGGCAAGCUCCUCCGCGUCUUUACACAGAACAUCGAUACGCUCGAUCGGCUGGCGGGCUUGCCCGCGGAGAGGAUCGUAGAGGCGCAUGGGAGCUUUGCAACAAGUAGGUGUAUCAAGUGUGGGACCGAGGUGGAUGGAGAAUGGAUGAAGGAGAAGUGUCUCAAGGGGGAAAUUGCUCGAUGUGCAGAGGAGAGGUGCAAGAAGAGGACGGGUGGAAAAGGUGGACUGGUCAAGCCUGACAUUGUCUUCUUCGGUGAGGGACUGCCCAACCGAUUCUUCGAGCGGCUUAGUGAUCUGAAAGAAGCAGAUCUCCUCAUUACCAUGGGAACAAGCUUACAGGUCCAACCGUUCGCCUCACUGAUAGACCGAGUCCCCUCGAGCUGUCCCCGCCUCCUCAUAAACCUCGAACGUGUGGGGGACAUAGGCUCCGAAGACUCCUCCUCUUUCUCUUCCGGUGGUCUGUCCUCCUAUUUCCCCCUCCGCGAAUCUGGUUUCGACUUUGACGGACUCUCUCUCCGGGACAAGUCUGACAAGCGCCCCAUCAGGGACGUCUUCUUCCAAGGCAAGACGGACGAGGGCGCUCUUGAGUUGGCGGGCAUUUGUGGAUGGGAAGAGGAAUUGAGGGAGAUUUGGGCGAGGGAGAAGAAGGUCUUUGAUGAGCAAAAGGCUGCAGCAGGGGCAAGCUCGGAGGGAGCAACGCAGAGUGAGAAGACGGGUACUGAUGGUUUGUCUGCUGCUGAAAAAGAGGCGGACAAGGUCGCAAAGGAGGUGUCCCGGGCUGUCGAGCAGCCAAAGUCGAAGCGGACCGAUGCAACAGAAAGUCAGCAUCAAGAUGCUACUGGUGAGGAUCUCGCAGAGCAAGUCUCCAAGCUCUCCGUAUCUACCUCUACCUCUGCAGAAGAACCGAGGAAAGAGACGUCACACGACCAGGCAGGGAAGAAGGCAGAAGACCGUAAGCCUAGCUUGUAG